AUGAAAGAGGAAAUAGAACGACGAUUUAGUAGCUUUUUGGAUCCAUUUCAUCCAAAUUUUAAACCAACAUAUGUAGUAGCUACUUCACUAGAUCCACGGUACAGAAUUGUAUUGUCCAAUGACCAAAUAAAAUUUGCUAUUGAUUUUCUAAAGAAGGAAUGCUUUCAAGAAACCGAAGAAAGAUUACCAUCUGACAGUGAUGCUUCUCAGUGUGUUGAUAUUUUAUCAGAGCCUGAGCCUCCAUGCAAGCGAUUUUGGCUGCUAAGUCAACUUGUAGCUGAAAAGCAACAAGAUGAUGAAGAACAGAAUAGUAACAAUGAUGUAUAUGAAUAUUUUCGCUCAAAACGCCACUUUCCAGAUGAAAACAAGCUUGAUCCAUUACAAUUUUGGAUCCAAAAUGAAAAGAUAUAUCCAACUUUGGCUCCAUUUGCUCAGGAUAUUCUUGUAAUUCCUGCAUCCUCAACGCCUAUUGAGCGAGUUUUUUCAAAAGCAGGGUAUUCAUCAAGCGGAAGGAGAAAUCGACUGUCAGGAGCAAAUUUAGAACUUGAAGUAUUGCUGAAAGCAAAUAAAUCAUACAUUUAG